AUGUCACCAGUACAAGGAGUACCAUUGCUAUUGUAUUUAGCUGUUACCGAAACAUCUAUCGGGACACUGUUAGCACAAGAAGUCGAAGGGAAAGAAAAGCCCGUGUAUUAUCUUAGCCGAAAACUGAAAGGCGCCGAGACAAAUUACCCCUAUUUUGAAAAACAAUGUUUGGCUUUGGUAUACACCGCCCAGCGAUUGCGACAUUACUUAGUAGCACAUAAAGUAAUAGUGAUGACCAAGGCAGAUCCCAUAAGAUUUAUGUUAAACAAACCUAUACCUUCUAGUAGAAUAGCCCGGUGGAUACUAAUGCUUAGCGAGUUUGAUAUCACUGUGAUGUAUCCAAAGGCACAGAAAAGUCAGGCCUUAUCUGAUCUAUUGGCAUAUUUACCUGAUAAUGAUGAAAACUUACUCAUGGAUGAAAUCGCUGGGGAGUUACCUGAGGCUAUGAUUUGCAAUGAGAAAACACAAGAAUGGUGGGCAAUAACAUUUGAUGGGUCGUCAACCACUAAAGGAGGAGGUGCAGGAAUAGUAUUAACUGAUCCUAUGGGUAAGAAUCAUAUUCAAGCUUAUAAGUUAUCGUUUGACUGUACUAACAAUGAAGCUGAGUGUGAGGCACUUAUUCUGGGAAUCACGGUCGCGCUAAAAAUGGAACCUAGCAAAGUUGUGAUUAGAGGAGACUCCAAACUUGUUAUCUAG